CCUUGCAUCAUCGAUUUUUAAUAACACCGAUAAGCGCAAGCUCCGGUUUGACUCAUUUAUUUAUUAUUCCCUCGUUAAUAAAAUCCCGCAUGCGAAUUAAACACAAGAGCACCCACAAAAACCUCAUUAGCGAUUCUAAUUUCGAAACCCAGACCGUAACACUUCUCCUCCGAUAAUCUACGUAAAACCGUUUUUCGGCACCGAAGUUAGGUUAUCCGAGAGCCGGCUGCGAUGCACUUCCUCCUCGUUGUGCUGCUUCUGCCGGCCAUCAAGUGCGAAAUUAUUCCGUCGAAUUCCACUUGUUCUAUAGAGUCGUUGGAAAAGUGCCCCUACAACCCCGACGCCGACUUGACCACGCCCCAAAUCGCCAGACGCCACGGCUACCCAGCCGAGACCCAUUUCGUGACGACCGACGAUGGGUACAUUCUUGGGAUACAUCGCAUCCCGGGGCCUAAAACGGGGGUGAAAGGGGGACAGCCCGUGUUUUUGCAACAUGGCCUCCUUUCGAGCAGCGCCGACUGGGUCACCGAGGGCAACAACUCGCUAGCGUUCUUGUUGGCGGACGCCGGCUAUGACGUCUGGAUGGGUAACGCCCGCGGCAACACGUACUCCAAAGCCCACGUCAAUCUGUCCGUCAAUAGUGCACAGUUCUGGAACUUCAGUUGGCACGAAAUGGGGAUUCAUGAUUUACCGGCGGCCCUUUACUACGUUAGUAACACGACGAAUAAACCCGGCGAAAUUAUCUACAUUGGGCAUUCCAUGGGUACCACUAUGUUUUUCGUUUGUUCGUCUAUUAAGCCACAGGUUGUUAAAAACGUCAAGGUGAUGGUAGCGCUGGCACCGGUGGCGUACAUGACCCAUGUGAAGUCGCCCAUUAGGUAUCUAUCGCCUUUUGUCAACGACAUUGAAUGGUUGGCGAAGUAUCUAGGUGUGAAUCAGUUCCUACCCAAUAAUAAAAUUAUGAAGUUUUUGUCGUAUGACUGUGAUUUGUUGAAGAUCGACGAAACUAUAUGUAAGGACGUUAUUUUUUCGCUGUUCGGUUUCGACAAAGACGAAUUUAAUAUGGCGCUUUUGCCGACCGUUUUGAACCAUGAUCCGGCGGGAACUUCCACGAAGACGGUUUUGCACUUUGCGCAGGAGAUUAAAAAUGAGGGGAAAUUCCAACAGUAUGACUACGGUCCCGAGGGAAAUAUGGUCAAAUACGGAAGGUUGACACCGCCUGAGUACAAGCUACUUAACAUCAAAGCGAAGAUUUACAUUAUAUAUGCGCAAAAUGAUUGGCUGGCUAGUUAUAUUGACGUCAUUCGGCUGUCACACAACCUAACUAACAACAUCGGGGUGUAUAAAGUGCCCCUUGAUGCUUUCAACCACGUGGACUUCCUUUUUGGCAAACACGCCGCCCAACUAGUCUAUGCGCCACUUAUGAAAGUUAUCCAGAAUUAUACUGACGAAGUGGAUGAUCUUUAAUUUAAAACUAUACUGUCAGUUAUGUUUUACUUACAAUAAAUAAUAAAUUAUAAAGAAUAA